AUCGAGUUAAAAGAUUAUAAGUUUUCAUCAAAGUUCAAGAAAGCAUGUAGGCCGGACGUUCAAACUCAUUGCCCAAAAGCUAAAUCCAAGUAAGUAUAUAGCUUAGUAAGACUGCUCGUCAUGCAUCACAAAUGAAAAUAUAUUUGUAUAGGUAAUCAUGCGAUUGCGAGUACAAUUAGGGAUUAAUAGUGCGAGUGAUGUUUGGAAAUUUUGCCAAAAUUGGAGUACUAUUAAUCCCUAAAUGUACGAGCAACAUCGCAUGAUUACUUGUUUAUUAUUAGCAUGACAAAAGUGGAUGCUUCUCAAUGUCAACAUCAUAUUCUCUCGCCAAUGCCCACUCCAGCCAGAGUUUCAACCAAAAUUUGGUGCUUUUGUUCGUAUUUUCAUUUAGUUUUUUUGUUAAAGCAAAAUUUGGUGCUUUUGUUCGUAUUUUCAUCUAGUUCUUCUGGGGCAAUUUUAUUUCACAUUUGUGUUCAAAAUACUUUCCGCUAUUUCGUUUGUUUUGGGAAAAUCAUUAAUGUACUGCAGUACAAUUAGUCAUUCCGAAGUUGACGAGUGGACUGGGGACGAGUGUUAAAAAAGUGCCCAAAUUAAGAAAUGAACCAAAUCACUGAAAAGACCACCUCAAAAUUAGUAAGUAUACAAAGUUUGAAGACGUUUACAUGAAUACCCUUCGACCACAACAUAUGGAAAGCGUGCUUUUUCUCAUGCUGCCCCGGAACUUUGGAACUCUUUGCCAGAAUACAUUAAAUCCGCUGAGUCUAUUUUAGAAUUUAAAUCUUUUUUGAAGACUUAUUUGUUUAAGGAGGCAUAUGCUUGCUAACAUUAUAGCUAAUAUAUUAUAUACGAAAAUACUUUGUUCCACUAAAUCUAUUUUAUCUGUAAUAUAAGUUUAAAUUUUAACUAAUAUAUAAUGUAAAUAUAAACUAUUUCAGUAAAUUUAAAUAGUUUUAAGCCAUUGUAAGCGCAUUGAGAUUUUUAAAUGCGCAUAAGAACAUUAUUAUUAUUAUUAUUAUAUUAAUAAGCUUUCGAAAAUUGUGAAAUUACUGAUUAAAAGAUUGUUUUUGGGACGCGCGUCCCAAAAACAAGAAAUUACAAUACAUUUCAUAGUAAAUAUCACGAUUUUCGAAAGCUUAUUAUUCGAAGGAUAUUCAUGUAAACGUCUUCAAACUUUGUACACUUACUAAUUUUGAGGUGGUCUUUUUAGUGAUUUGGUUCAUUUCUUAAUUUGGGCACUUUUUAACACUCGUCCCCAGUCCACUCAUCAACUUCGGAAUGGCUAAUUAAUGAAAUAAUUGUGCUCCUCUCAACCAAUCAGCAUUCAGUAAUUUUGUCGUGCUAAUAAUAAAAACUAUAAAACGGAAUCGCAAGUUCAAUUCCUACCAGAGGUCCUAUACUGCAUGUACGGUGCAAUUUUUCUUGCAACUUGCAAUGCAAUUCUACUCUUGAGAGAUAUUAAUUAGUGAAAUCAGUGAAGAAUUUUCGAUAUGUUGAGAAAACAUCAGCGGAGUGUAAUGAAGACUCGUAUUUGGCAAUUUUACAUCUCUCAAGAGUAGAAUUGCAUUGCAAGUUGCAAGAAAAAUUGCGCCGUGUAACAUGGCCUUUAGGUCUUAAAAAUGUAUAAGAUUUACGCUCGAAACUUCUAUCUGUAAAACUUUCCAACAUUUGUUUCAUAUACAUUGUGCAGGGCUCGAAAUAGCGGGCUGCCAAUGGCCAAAAGCAUGCAGGCCAUAUUUUAGAAAUGGUAGGCAAAAACAAAUUUGAACUGCCAAGUAAAAAAAAUGGCAGGGGAAAUUCAAUAGAUAUAUUUCAUUUCCUUUGCUUAACACAACUCAUAUAUACUAUAUCAUUUGACUAAUUACGUUUAUAUUUGAAAUGUAAAUCCAAGUUUACUGUAGUAAGUUUAAAAAUAAUAAAAAUACAUGUCAUGAAAACAUUGAUUUUUACAAUAUGACUGCCAUUUUGGCAAUUCAAUGAAUAGAAAGUUUUCUAUCUUUUUCUAUCUAAUAAAAAUGACAGGCUAAAAUUUAUUUCACCUGCCAAAACAUUUUCGACUGGCAGGUAGGCUGUUGCGGUAUAUCGAUAUACCGAUAAUUAUCGUUUUUUUAUAAAUACCGAUUACUCUAUAUUGAAAUUUUCGAUAUAUCGGAAUAUCGUUAUUUUUCGGUAUUAUCGAUAUCACGUUUACGUUUGUAUAUUUAAACGUCAUAUUAAAGCUUUUCAAGUGCUGAUUGGAGUUAUUUCAGAAGGACAAAGACGAUCAAUGUGCUAAAAUCCGUAAAUUAAGGUUAGAGCGAGAGCUAAAACGACAAACACGUCACUUUGUUUUUUACGUUGGUGUUGCAAGGUGCAUAAUAUGUUACAGUUUAUUUCGCUUGUCAAAAAGUGAACUUUUAGAACGUAAACAAUGGUGGAUUACAGUUUUAGAAAAAGCAAAACUGACUAACCUUAUUGGAUAUUGUUUAUCUGCAUGGUGAGAUAGGACAAUCUUUGUUUCAAAUUCGCAGUUGAAUAACAUGUUUUGAAACAAAUUUCCCGGUCAGAAAUAUCACACAUGGUUUAUCCAGUGCGGUAAUCAAUGUUAUGCAUUUUCAAUUUCUAAAGCGGACAUUUCACAGGCUACUGAUCACUGACCUCACACUUCAUUGAAAAUAUCGCGCACGCGAUGAGUCAAAGCUGUUAUAUCGUGGCUGUUUGGCAUCAUUUGAAAACAGAAAAUUUUGCAUUAAUUAAGCAAAUUUUGCAUAAAAUUAAGCAAAAUGCAAUCGCGAAAAAAUACCGAUAUAUCGGUAUUAUCGGUAUUUUUUUCCGGUAUCGGUUUUCGGUUUUUUUCAAUUACCGCAACAGCCUACUGGCAGGCCAUAUUUUUUUCUCUGCUUCGAGCCCUGACAUUGUGUUUUAUCCAUUUCAGGCCUGAAGUUAUUGAGUGUUUGAGUGGGGAGGUUCGUAAAGCUAUUUUUGGUGAGAAAGAUCAUAAAAUCUCGGAGGAAUGUCGGGCUCAAUUACAUGUUGAAAAAAUUCGUCAGGUAUGAGGCCCAGUAUAUGCUAGCCUUUGUAACUCGGGUUGGGUUGCUCGGUGGGCUAUUAGACGAUUUUAGGACGGCAACGCGACGACGACGACCAAAACAAACUCCUUCAAAUAAAUGGUAGUAAAGAUAAUUCGUCGUAUAUUAUCAAUCGUAUGAAUUUAAUACAGUCUUAGAAGUUGAAGAUAAGGGUUUUAUGGUUGGGAAAAGUUCUCCUGAACCCAGUUUGAAGUUACACUUGUUGCGGCUCCAAAUGCAGCCGUUGUAACAAGACCUGAAAAUCUAUGAUUUGGCGUUGGAAAUGGAGCGAGGAUAAUGUCUAAAUUAUUCAUAUAUUGUAAUUAUUCAAUUCUUUUCAAUGAUUUAUUGUAUUGGUAGCCGUUGCCAUCGCAUUGCCGUCCUAAAUCGUAAAGCUUCGCGGAUACAUGAGCAAUAUUUUUGCUGCGAUGGUUACGCAAUGGGUGAUAACAGCAUUGCGUUGCCGUCGCACAAGGUGGCUACACCUGUAAUAUUUCACCUGCAAUAUAUGUCUUCAUAACGCUUUUCAUUGGCUGGUCAAGAAACGUGUCAUUCAUCAACCUUGACCUUCCUUGACCACACCUCCCAAUUUUCGGCAAUCAUUGCCGAAAAUCAAAUUAUUUGAAAUUUCGGCAACGAUUGCGCGCAGCUUUGCGUUGCCGUCGCAGAGCACGAUACACAAGCAAUUUCUUUCUCACGACGGCAAUGCAACGAUUUUACCACCAUUGCGUCGCCAUCGCCAGAAAAGUAUUGCCCGUGUAUCCGUAGCUCAAGGUCUCUAUUGGUAGCUUUCAGCAAACGUCGCAGGCCAACACAUGUUGUGGUCAACUAGAUAUUGACAGGAGUAAGUUAUAGUGAUGUUUUUCAACUCAUGUAUAGGCUGAAGAUAUACAGUUUGAUCCAAAGUUAUAUGAUGCCUGUUCAAAAGAUGUGGAAAAACUCUGUCUUCACGUGCAUAAAGAUGGUCCGGCUGCGGUAAGUGUGUUGUGAAUAACCUUUAAUUUUUACUGCGAUUUUAGAUGCGAUCUUCUUCUGAUGGAUGUGAACGAGUGGAUGAGUUAUGAAUGUUCAAAUGAGGAUACACAUACUCAGAACAUCCAUAACUUAUCUACUCGUUCACAUCCAUCAGGAGAAGAAAGUCGCGCCUAAAAACGCAGUAAAAAUUUGUAAGUGUAAACGGGCCUUUAUACUUAUAACAAUUAUUCGCCGAAGGCGAGGUGAUUAUCGGGUAAUAUUCGCCGAGACGAAGUCGAGGUGAAUAUUCCCCGAUAAUCACCGAGCCUGAGGCGAAUAAUUGUUUUAGUAUUUUUGUGUUUUUUGGGACUGAAUUUAUUUUAAUUUCGCUUAUUUCUUUAUCAGUAUAACGUCCACAAAACGGCUAGCCGCUGUAGGUGAAUAUAACAGCUUAAUACGUCAAAUUUGACCAAUCAACUUGUAGGAUUUGUUAUGUUCACUUGUGCAAAAAUACUAAAACCAAAUAUUCCUGGUUAGCAGCAAACACACCAUGACUACAUCGAGGAGCACGCACCGAGAUAUGGUUAGCGCAUGCUGCACCUUAACGCUGAGUUAAGUCUGCUAUUCAAAGUCGAUGGUAGGGGGAUUGAUACAGUACAGAGCAGGGGCUCUGGCUUGACGUACUUGAAAACUCAUGUAAGUCGAUUUGUUCAUUUUGUUGUUGGUUUUCUCUUGUGCUUUGAAGUUUUUAUCCGGGUAUUCCGGUUUUCUUCCCUCACCAAAACUUGUAAUCCUUUCACCUUAGCUGUUCUCCGUGAUUAUACGUGACUAUAGUUGCGCAAUAGGCGAUCUAUGUAAAGGUUGGUUUUCAUUGCUUUUGGGGACAAUCGCGAUUUCUACUCUGCGAUCGUCGGCAAGCAUCGUGGGCAGGCGAUUGUCCUUAUUUUACGCGAUGUUCGUUAUUUUCAUGAUUCGGUGAGAAUUCUAAGCGGUUAGAUGAUUUGUUUUAUUGUCAUGCAGAAUGUCUACGAUUGUCGCAACAAAACAAUUUUUUAUUUAUCACGACUGCCUGCGACAGUUAUCGCUAAUUGUGCUUGAACAACCAGCCCAGAGUCAUAAUAUGGUAACUUUAUAACCUUUUUUCCUUUUAGGUGUUGGAAUGUCUAAAAAAAUCUGAAGGUGAUUUGUCCGAUGGCUGUUCCAAGAUGAUCUUUGAGAGAGAGGUAUAGACCAGUGACCUCUAUAUGUAUAUCUGGCGUAAGACAUCACGUGCGGAAAGUGAAGCAAAAGAUGGCAGAAAUUGACGUCCAGUGCCCAGUCCCUUAUAGUAGUUCUUGCUGCCGGGUUAAUUUUUUUUGAAAAAUUUAUUGGUUAAAUAUUAAAUGUACAAAUACAAAAUCAUGAAACAUUAACCAAUCGGGAAAGCACGUUAAUCAUGAAAAAAAUCAUGAAACAUUAACCAAUGUUAACCCGUGCGAGGCGCCUUCCCGUUAAGAUAAACUAUAUGUAGUAACAAAUCUAAAAAUUAUGAUAUAAAAGUAAAUAUAACUAUAUGCCUAGUUCAAUGUCAGAGACGGUCAUGAGACAGUGUCCAUGUGCACGGCAUACAGGUUUUUCUUCAGGAUUUUCUCUUGGGUCCGUUUUUGCAGAGAAUAUUGAGUUUAGCUGAACAACUGGGGUGGCAGCAUCCCCCCCCCCCCUACCGGGGGACUGACACUUGUACUCAAUAAAUGUAGUUGAGACAGAAUGUGUUAAAGCAGGGGCACUGAGGGACACUAUAGACUGGUUAAAGAUGGCGAUUGCAUAGUUUUUCUUGUGUUGUGAGAUGAGUUCCAGCCAUUUUUUCUUAUAACUGUCGGGUUUCCAACUGAAAACUAAUUUCCACACGUCACGAAUUUAACUCAAACAACCUCAUUUUUACUGCAUUGAAACUUUGGUGAGAAGAUUGAGUUUCAAAACUCAAUUCAAGAUUGAGUUUUUGGGGCCGUUUAACGGCCCUAAAAAAUUCCUGAAAAAACCCUGGGCCGCAUAUCGAUGUCGAAGUGUGUGUCAAACAGUGUUAGAUAUCUUUGCUUGAUUGUAGCUGUUUAAACCAAGAGAUGCUGGAAAAACCCUGUGCAGAAGCUGUUUUGCAAUAAUACAAUGUUUUUUUUAAUUCAAUUAUUUUGGAAAUAAUACAACUAUACAAUGCCUCGCCCGCGCGCAGGCAGGCAGGCAACCAUAACAUUGGGCUGCCUAUGAUAUUACUUGAUCAUAAUCUAUGAUUACCUUGAAUAUGAUCUUCGGUUUCUGCCUGCAAUCAUUUUUUGCCCGCUUGCUGCAGGCCCGCAAGGGAGAAAUUAGGAGAUGCCUGCGAAGGAAUCUAAAUCUCGUGUCCAGUCUAUUGAUGAGUAAAACGUUUGUGAAUAUGUUAUUUAGAAAGAAGAAGUGGGCGAUGCUGAACUGGAUGUCCGACUGUUCAAAAUGUGUAAACCAAUGAUCAAGGUACAGUGCAUAAUCAUUAUACACUUGUCGACGAUUAUCCCAGGACUGCUAUUCCAAACCCUUCUACAAUUAAUUAUAUCGAGUAUAAAUGCCUCAAAAUUCUGCUUUUCCACGGUCUAUAUAGCUCUGUUUCCAUCACAUGCUUAGUCCUAGCUUUGACGUCCUUUUUCUUACGUUCAUUGACUGAUUUUAAUUAACCCCCCCCCCCCCAGGUAUAUUGGUAUUUAUAUACCUGUUUAAGAACCAGGUAUAUUGGUUUUUAGACAAUCUUACUUUUGGACUUUGGUACACAGUGUAUUUUAUUGUCGAAGUAAAUUGAAAUACGGGUAUAAAGUAUCCUACAUUUACCCAAGAUUACGCACUUUCAGGUAUAUCGAUAUUCUGGUAACCCCCUGGCUAUAGGCCUGACUGAUAGCGUCCCUGCACUUUGGGGCAUCGAACAGAGAAAGGAAACUACAAGAGCCAGGUAUAGAAGGAAGGAGCCAAAUUGGGGCUCUCCUUUAGUUUUGGCACCCUCUCAAAUUAAGUUUUUGUAUUUAUUUUAAGAAAUUCUGUAUGGAUGUCCCACCAGACAAAAUCCUUCAUUGUCUGGAAAAGCAUAAACGUGAAAUGGUGAAAGAAGAUGAGUAUGUAUCAGUCUCUAUUCUCGUCCGUGAACUCAAAGAACGUACCCCCCCCCCCCUCCUUCCCUGAGUCAAGCUAGAAUCGUUAAUGAGUUUACUUAUACUGGAUAAUUAUAUUACUAAUUAGUUAUAAAUUAAGUAAGGACCAUCUCUUUUAAAGGAGAAAACCUUCAUUAUUAAACCUUCAUAGAUUUUUUUAUGAUUUCUACACCGUUCUCCAUAAAGUUUAAGUAAGAGCCAUCCUCUGGAGAUCAGUGUUACUAUAGGAAGAUACCUAAACUAAACUGUAUUUAAAAUAUUCAGUGUUUGAUUAUCAGAUUGGUGAAUUAUACCUUUCGAUGCCUCCACAUAAACAUUCACCUCGUAAUUUUCACGAUUUUGUAUUGUCUCAUUAGAUGCCGUACACUCGUGUUUACCCGACAGAAGAACGCUCUCAAAGGUAUGGACUAUAUAAUCAUUCUACCUAGAUACAUGCAAUAAUCUUAAUACUAUGCUACUACAAUAGUCAAAUUUAGCAAUUUUUGCCCCACUCAUAUUGUCAGCGGACAUCUGACACAGAAUUAUCAACAAUGCUUUCAAUUUUUCAGUUGCUACUUCAUAUAAGGAACACAUAAUAGUUUGAGGUAAUGGACGACUUGCGCUUUAGACUAAAUUUUAAUCUAAGUAAGAACAACGAAAUCUAUCACCACAGCUGGAAAGAGCGUCUUGGAAUUAGUAAUAUUACAAAGUUUGGUUGCGAAAUGUUGUAAAAUACGGAAAAUAUAGCCCUUCAAAGUUGGCAAAUUUGUAUACUUUUGUAUUACGUGCGUGAAUUGGUAACUAAAUUAGUUACCAAUUUCCGCACGUAAUAGAAAUGUAUACAAAUUUGCCAACUUCGCAGGGCUAUAUUUUCCGUAUUUUACAACAUUUCGCAACCAAACUUUGCAGUUUUUCUAAUUUUGGUAACUUCUUUCAGAAAAUAUCCUUUGUUAUUCCCAGAUUAGAAAUUUUUCUAAAGCGUAAGUCGUCCAUUAAAACUUGAAAAUCCUUGAAAGUCCUUGAAUUUGGGAACAAAAAUUUAAGGCCUUGAAAGUCCUUGAGUUUAUAAAGAAGGUCCUGAAAUUGUUUGGCAUUGAGAAUUGGACAUUUUGUAAAUUAAGUUUGUUCAUGUCUUACAAGGGCCAAAGCUGUUUGAAAUUCAUUAAAGUUGCCGUUUGAACAGUUUAACAUAAUUUCUGACUGAUUUUUAAUGCCUUCUUUUCAGCCUUUAGCCCUUGAAAUUUCUGAAAGAUGGUCUUGAAAGUCCUUGAAUUUAACUCUUCCUGAUCUAUGUACGAACUUGCUGGGUUAGGGUUAUGACUCACGUUUAUGAUUUAUGAUCACACAUACCUUAUAAUUUGCUCAAACUGUUUUGUUGGUCUUACAUGAAGUAUUUUUCAUCAGAAAUGAGCCUGCUGUAGUGGGAGAAAAUUUGCCGCAUAUGACCAACGUGUACGUUCUUAUUAUUCUAGAUGUGGACCUUAUGCCUGGGUUAGCGAAAGCGUGUCGUCGUGAUAUAAUCAAGUUCUGUUAUGAUGCAACUAAUAAUGACCAAAUAAUUCCAAGUUUGAAGAAGAACAUCGAGGUUCGUCAGAUAUGUCAUAGCUUCAGGGAUAAAUCGAGCCAGAUUUGGUAUGGGGUGCCACCACCUUUGACCAAGUGCAUAAUCUCUAGAGGGGGAGUUAAUAAGUGAAGCAGUGUCGAAGAGCCUAGCUGGUGAUAAGGGUGGUAGGUUUGCAUUUGAGAAGGAAAUUUGCACUACCACCAUUUUCACUGCAUCACUCUAGUGUUUUCAUCUGGGGUGAUUUAGAGAGGAUUUGUAAUACUUUGCGUUUAUUUACUUUAACCGGAGUAACGAAACCUGAUAUGCCGUUAACUUAUGAUAUUAUUUUGCAUAGGAACUCUCUGGAGACUGUCAAGAAUUUAUUGUGGAUUUGGUGAAAGAAGCAGCAUUAGAUUAUCGUUUAAACCCAUCACUCGCCAAAGAAUGUAGCGACGAGGUACCUUUCAUUUCGUACUAAACAAACUUUCUUUCUACUGGAUAGCUCUAUCAGUUCUAAACUGUCCAGUAACAGUCAUCCCUUCUAGGCCAGCAUUACUACAGCAGGAAACCUAAACUUGACUAACUUUAUUUAUUCUGAAUCAGUCCUAAAAUGUUCGUUCUAGAGGCCAAGCAAGAGCUACCACUUAUUAAACCAGGGUUACUACAGGAAGAAACCUAAAUUUAACUAUGUUCCAGACGAACAGUGAGAGCCUCAGCCAUCGUCUAUUGGUCCAGUGUUUCCAACAAGAGGAAACCUAAACUAAACUGUGUUUAUUUAUUUAGUUUUUAUUUAGUUAUUUAUUUAUACUGGAUAGGUCUAUCAGUUCUAAACUCGGUUUUUUAGAUUGAUACACUUUGUCCUGAUGUUCAUCCUGGACAUGGCGAAGUGAUGGAAUGCUUAAAAGAACACUACAAAAAAAUUGACAACGCCAAAUGUCGAGCUGUAAGUACUGUCCGUAAGGAGUAUUAUCUCUGCUAACAUCCUGACAAAGAGCGUAAGGGAAGAUUUUCACUUACAGAGAAAUAUUUCGCUUGGUUUCUUUUGAAUUGUGAGUAAAUGAGUUCUAUAAUAAGUUCUUUGUAUGAUUGCAUGGCGAUAAAACAUAUAAUACCUUCUUUUUGUGGAAAGACCACGUAAAUUUAUUACUGCAAAGCUAUAUACGGAUCGAAAGCUUUGCAGUAAUACAUUUACGUGGUGUUUCCACAAACAAAAGGUAUUAUAAAUCAAUUCUACUUGACCACUCACAAUGGACCUUUCCCCUUAUAACUAAAAUUUCGAUCUAGACAAAAAUUUCAUCACAGCUUAAAAGAGCAUCACAAAAUUAGUAAUAUUCCAAAGUUUUGUUGCAAAAUCUUGUAAAAUGCGGAUAAUAUAGCCUUGCGAAGUUUGCCGUUUUUCAGUCAUUUUGUAUUACAAACGGGAAAUUGACAUCCGAUUCGGGUGUUGGGGCUGCAAUUUCCCGUUUGUAAUGCAAAAUGACUGAAAAUUGCAAACUUUGCAAGGCUCUAUUUUCCUCAUUUUACAACAUUUCGCAACGAAACUUUGGAAUAUUACUAAUUUGGUAAUGCUCUUUCAAGCUGUGAUGAAAUAUUUGUCUUGAUUUGCCUAGAUCAAAAUUUUGGUUAUAAGGGGAAAGGUCUAUUCAAAAGAAAUUGAGCGGAAAAUAUUCUUGCAAGGGGAAAUCCAGCUUAAGAAAAGUCUAUUGUCUGGAUUUUGUGUGACUAUGUUUCUCAUGCAUGGUUUUUUUGCAAUACAGGAAUUCAAAGAAGUACUUUUUGAAGAGCGUACUGAUAUUAUGGCCGAUCCUGUACUGCAUGACGCUUGCUCAAGAUCAGUGACAAAACAUUGCGAUGGUGUGAGUCAUGGUCGGGGAAGAAGUAGGUUUUCAGUGAAGUCAGCUCCCUCAAACAUUUCUUACAAAUCCUUCAAAACUUAGAAUUUACCUAUAUGCAAAAUGCCUACUGUGAUCACAGAAACGUUGAUAGUGUAAACCAGACUUUAAUCCCAAAUCCUGAUCCCUAAUACUAAUCCUAACUCUAAUCCUUGUGACGUCAUUUUGGGAUACGAAAAACUUUGGGAAAUUGUAUUGUAUAGGAGCUAUACACGUCUGUUCGACAUAAAGAUUAGUCAAUAACCCAGUGUGUUUUUUCUUAUAGUUUUACAAUGCCUAAUGGGCAUAUUGGAGAAAGGUCAAAUAGUGGAAAGAGAAUGUCGUAAUAUUCUGAAUUCAAGGAAACAAAUCUGGACAGGUUUUGGGGUAAUAUAUUGUAAAUUUAUUCAAUCUUAGUAUACAUGCACCUUAGUAUCGUAGCUUAGGUUCGUAGCGGUCUUUGAAAUCCUUGAAAGUCUUUUAAUUUGAAUGCAGGUCUUUAAGGUCUUUGAAAAGUCUUUGAAGUGUGUGGAAAAGCGAAGAAAGUCUUUAAAAGUCUUUAAAUUCUUUAGUGAUUAUUUGAUUAUACGAUUUUCUAACUAAUAAAAUAGAUUGAUUGAAGCAAAAUUUGACGAAAAAGUGCAUUUUAGGAUGUGAUUUGACGGGACUAAUUACCUGGUAAAAUGGUGCUUAUACAUCGCAAUUUUUCGACACCUGAUUGCUCGCAAAGGUCUUGGAAAAGUCUUUGACAAUAGGCAGAAAAAAUCUUUGAAAUUUUUUGGUCUUGGAGACUACGAACCCUGUAUGCAUGAACUUGUGAUUAGAGCUCGACAACUGAACUCUGUAGCUCUGGGCCGAGUUGUUCAAAGCUGGGUUAACGCUAACCCGCGGUUAAAAUUUAAUCUGUUGUUUUAGUUUAUCUAUUUCUGCCCGUCUGUGUAUUUCAAAACUUCAGAGAAGAAAACUUUUACUGAUUCAGACAAGAUCUCGGAAGAAAUAUUUCCAAAUUUAUAAACAAGCUCUUGGGAAGUUUGCUUUGAAUAUUAAGUUAACCCAGGGUUAAGCUAACCCAGCUUUGAACAACCGGCCCAAGUUAGUUUGACCGCUGCACUGGAACCGCAGGAUCGCAGCUUCGAUUUCUGCCAGGCAGAGGGUCUAUAGUUUCAUAUUUGUCAACUGCUUGCCUGGUCUUAUACUGCGGAUUUCGAUUUACCGUUUCAGGGCUUCCGUUUCCAGUGAUUGUUUUUCCGUUAAAACGAACAAGUUGCUAAGGGCCAAUGUCAAUGUUACUAAGUGAAGUCUAGUGGUCUUUGUCCGUUUUUUUCUUCUCCGUUGUUUAUCAUUUGUGAAUGUAACUGUUAUAUUCGUAUUUAUCUCGUCAUUGGCAACAUUUUGAUAUAUAAUUUACGAAGCUUUGUGGAUUAUUUCAUGUUUUUAUUGAUAUUUUGGAAAUUGUAGCGUAUAAAAGGCCAGUAAAUAAUUUUGAAGCCUUUUAUACGCUACAAUUUCCAAAAUAUCAAUAAAAACAUGAAAUGAUCCACAAAGCUUUGUAAAUUAUAUAUCAAAAUGUUGCCAAAGACGAGAUAAACACGAAUAUAACAGUUACAUUUACACAAAUGAUAAACAACGGACAAAAAAACAGCGGACAAAGACCACUAGACUUCACUUAAUAACAUUGACAUUGACCGUUAGAAACGUGUAUGUUUCAACGGGAAAACGAUUACCGGAAAUUAAAGCGCUGAAAUCGAAAUCCGCAGUAAAUGUAAAAAAUUCACACUUGAAAUUUCCAUCAACAAAACUCUUCAAAAUUAUCAUAACUGAUGUUUGUGUUUUUUUUUCUUUAGGUCCCAGUUCCCGAGCAUCUGACUGAUCUUGCCUCGGUCGUGAGUAGUUGUCCACGCGGAAAGUAUUUCUUUAUAGGUUUCUCUUGUGCUCUCGCCAUCAUUUUUAUCGCUGGACUAAUUUAUAGACGUCUUACAAAGCGUGUCACAAGCGAGGCUAAAUACCGUCAAAUUACCGUGGAUGCUUGA